AUCAAGCUAUGCGGAUCCCGUUAGCCUAGAAUGUAUACGGCGGAAUACGCGACAAUUGGACAUCAGUUUCUUCAUAGACCUUCCGGACAGAGCGCCAUUCCGUUUUAGUUGUCGUGAUUUUGUAUUCGUUAUCGUUCAGUGCGCGAUUUUAGCCAUGCCUGUGAAAUGGAUAUCUUUGGCGCUGCUCUGCGCCUGGCUGAGAGGCGCCCAGGGGGCGGAUGAGCCCCCGGAAGGGUACUACGCGUUUGUGGAGUCGCCCAAUGCGGAGCCGCCGCGAGUGCGCCCGCCGCCCUAUUCCUUCACGCCUGUGGACUGUCCGGAGGACGCAAGCAGGUCGCCCCAGGGUUCAGUUUUCAAUUUGUGCGGCGACCUGAACAAGGGCACCAUCCCCAGGAACCCCAUGAGGCAGAAUGUGCUGGGCUCGCCCUAUCCUUUUGAGCUGAUCCGCAACAUGACAUUGAAGUACCUUAGUCGCACGCUGCCGAUACUGAAGGCGGACGAAACGUUGCCCAAAGUCGCCCAAUUGCAGGAGGACGCGGUCGCCCAAAAUUCCAUCGGCCCUUAUGAAAUAAACGACCGGAGCGACAGGGAGAAGCGGGCGGCAGCUGCCGCUCCCAACCAAACGGUCCCGAGCUCUACGCAACCCACGGAGCGCCAGUCCCGCAAGUUCUGCGACCAGGGCGGCAUUUUUUGCACCCUCUACAACGUAAUCAACGGCGAAUCCACGCAGACGCCUUCGAGUUCGUCUGCGCAGCACCUGCCGAUCGAGCGUCGCGACGAAGGCGUCGCCCAGCGCUACGAAGGCCCACCGACGCCUUGUCCAGCCAAAGUGGAGUACGCGACGCCCGUUUUCGCCAAAAAUUAUCAAGGCACGUGGCGCUACGUGGUCCAGAUUCCCUAUGAGGGCUACUUUACUCAGACGGUCGAGGUGACCAGAUGCCUGCAGUCCAGGUGCCAUUAUCUAGAUGGGGGCUGUUUGGCUUCGCCCCGAUGGUCCAGCCUGUUGGUUGCGGAGAUUUACUAUCCGGAUACGGUGCUGAGUGGCAGUGAAGCCACCAAUCCGCAACGGAACCCGGUUACUGGGGCGCAGCCUCCUCCAGUGCAGGACUUUCAGAAUUACCAGCAAUACCUGCAGAAGAGGGCGGGCGUUCAACCGGAAGGAAGCGCAACUGUGCGGCCGCAUCAUUGUGACGGCAUUGACGCCCUCGGCUGUUUCCAAGUGCGCCUUUACUACGACUGGUUCCUCAUUCCCGGCUCCUGCAAGUGUUGGCGCCCGGACUACUUCAACAAGUACGUGCGCAGGAAAUCGCCCAACACCAGCGACUUGUAAAUAGGCGCGGGGGCAAGACUGAUUUUGCAAUUUUUUCCUCAAACUGGGGCAUUUUGACUUGGGGAAACCGGACGCGGAUGCGUCCUGCGAAUGUCUAGGUUCGGUUUCCUGCAAGUUGAACCCGAUGGGAACCGCAAGGGUGCACCAAAACAGUCUAAACUUCCCGACAAAAUAGACGUUACAUGGACAAAUUUCUGUUUGAAGCGUUUUUUGGUGCAAUUGUUUUUCGGCUAGAGCGACCAAAUCGCUGUAAACAAUCGGAAUUUAUCCACGUCCAAAGUUAGGGCGAAUUUGACUGUGUAACGUUCAUGUUGUUGAGCAGUUUAGUUUGGUAGAUUUAAGAGGGCCGAAAUUGCAAUUUGUACGCUCGGGUUAGAAGGACAGAUAAAUGUUUUUAUUUAAA